GUGUGGUGUACUACAGACAUGUUCUUCAGCAUCUCUCUCCUUGUACUUUCUGUCCUCCCUUUGUGUGGGGCAGUGGAGAGUGGUAUUAUUGGAGGAAAUGAAGCAAAACCACACUCCCAACCCUACAUGGUGUCUGUUCAGAUUAACAGUGCGCACGUGUGUGGUGGUAUGCUUAUCAAAAAAGAUUACGUGCUGACUGCAGCCCACUGUGUAGACAACAUUGAAUGCUCUGGAAAAGACAAGCUGGAAGUGGUACUGGGAGCUCACAACAUCAAACAAAAGGAGUCCAAGCAGCAGAGAAUCCACGUGAAGAAAUGCAUAAAGCAUCCCUGUUACAAGAAGAAACAACCGCAAAAUGAUAUCAUGCUACUGAAGCUGAAGACUGCAGCCAAGCCGAACAAUGCUGUAAAGGUUAUUGCUCUACCGAAGAAGAAUGAGAACAUUCCAGCUCGUCAAAAGUGUUCAAUAGCUGGUUGGGGCAUGACAUCUCAGAACAGCGCUGAAUCAAGUGUCCUACGAGAGGUCACACUCACAGUACAGAAUAAUUCUCUGUGCAAGGAUCUUUGGCAGGUCUAUUUUGACACAGACAGCAUGAUCUGCACGGUUUCUGAUGGAAAAAAAGCUUUUUGUCAGGGUGAUUCAGGGAGUCCUCUUAUUUGUGGAAAUGUACCACAUGGAUUAGCCGCAUAUACCUACGAUGGUAACUGCUUAAAUCGCGAGUACCCAGAGGUAUAUACGAAGAUCUCCUACUUUCUUCCUUGGAUUAAACAAGUAAUAGGCUAGAGAAUGAACACAAUGGAAGUAAUCCCAAUCUAAUAAAAUAGACAUUGAACAUGUGUAUGAAAUAUGUUUCUUCUCUUCUCUUACAUGGAUAAUGAUGUUAUAAAGUAAAAUAAAGAAAAUAAAAUCUCCUAAUAA